AUGAACUCGAUUUUCCGUUUGGAAGCAUGUUCCGUUUCCCCGAUGAACACGCCAAAGAAGUUCAACCAGAAUGCAAAAAACGCUGUAAGAAAAAUUGAUUCGAUUUUUGCAGAACGUAUCGUGAAGUGGUAUCCGGCGGCGAGAGCUUAUCGUUUCGACGGCCCAAAAUUGGCCGUCGAUUGUGGAUUUCUCGGCGAUUUGUCCCCGCGCGGCUUGCAGUUGACCGUCCUCCAACUCAAGUAUCUCGUCUCCCAAAACCGGGAUUUUAGGUCUAAAGAAGAUAUUUUUCUCCUUAAAUUCAAUUCGUGUCAGAUCUCCCUGGCCUAUGCAUUUCGUGAACUUUGACCAGAACAAUCAAAGUCUCCUGGCGGCCGAGGACAAACACCUGGGCAUUUUACACUCGAAAAACUCGAUUGGAGCCGUCGUGUCCUCCUCCUCAUUGGCUGAGAAUUUCGACAGAAAUCGGGUCGUUUACCUCAGUCCCGACGCCGAUGAAGAACUCGAGUCCGUGGAGGAUGGUCAUGUAGGUUUUUGGGAUCUGGUUGGCCGUGAGAAGAGUUGGAAAAUAUGAUUUUUCCUACGAAAAAGGAAAAAAGAAAGACCAAUGUGUCUGCGUAAACCUUGGCUGUGCAUACACCGCCACGCGAAACUUCAUCAUCACACGGCAUUUUUUGUUAAUAAAAGCCAAAACUACGGAGUCGGUGAAUUACAAGCGCGAAUAACAGGUCAUAUUAAAGGCGCAUGCGGUAGCAUCAGCAUGGGUCUUGAGAAGAAUCGACCAAUUUGCAAGGGGGCUAAAAGGAUUGCACACUACACACGAUACUUUACGGAAAAGAGUAAUGAGUUCAGAGAGCACGGUAAUCUUGGAGAGACUAGACUGGUACUCUCCUCGUUCUACACACUGUCUGAGGACCUGCGCAUAGACAUGCCAUUUUCUGUUGAAUUUCGGCGUGGGUUUUUGAAGAGUGCAUAAAAAGUGGAGUGCGGAGGCUCUUAGACACUUCUCUGGUUGUUAGAGAGUGCGUAAAUUGUGGAGUGUACAAGGUGUCUGGUCUCUCUAUGGUUACCGUGCUCUCUAGACGGAUGUUAGCGCGCUGUACUGUCGUUUUUCUUAGGAGUUGGAAGUGCUAUUGCGCUAGGUUGUGAGCCUGUCUACGGUCCAAGGGGUCACAAGUUCAAUCCCUGCCGCGACAUGAGCAAGGGCUGAGACAGGCCGCAUAAAUCAGUGUAGAGAUCACGGUAAACUCGGAGAGACCAGACUAGUACUCUCCUCGUUCUACACACUAUCUAAGGAGAUGCCAUUUUUCUUUGAAUAGGGUCGUUAGAGACUGUGUAGAAAGUGGAGCGUGCAGGUCCAUAGACAGUGCGUAGAACGUGGAUUGUACAAUUCUGAUAUCUCCAAUUUACAGUGCUCUCUAAGCUGAUGAAUGCGCUGCCCUGCCGUUUUUCUAGACCCUGCAAUACAGGCUAUAUCAGUUUAGAGAACACGGUAAACUUGGAGAGACCAGACUAUACUCUCCUCGUUCUACACACUAUCUAAGGAGAUGCUAUUUUCCUUUGAAUUGGGUGCAGGCCCUCAGACAGUGCGUAGAAAGUGGAGCGUGCAGGUUUUUAGACAGUGCGUAAGGUGUGGACUGCACGGUUCUGGUAUCUCCAAUUUACAGGGCACUCGAGCUGAUUUAUGCGUCCUGUCUCAGCCCUUGCUCAUGUCGCGGCGGGGAUUGAACUUUUGACCCCUUGGACUGUAGACAGGCUCACGCGCCACAGAGCUCCCAUGUCUACAUCCCUCAAAUUCCAAUUUUUCCAGGUAUACGUGCUGGGCGGGAUCGUCGAUCGGGUCGUGGAGAGAAAAAUCCCCAGGAAAGCCUCCUUUGAGGCGGCCUCUUCUGCUGGCGUCCGUUCUGCACGGCUUCCCAUCGACAAAUUCAUCGAGUUAACUUUCUUACCUUUGAAAAAGUCGAAUUGGUACUUCUAGGUUCAAGUCCGGGUCGAAAUUCUUGACACUGACCGCCGUUCACGCAAUUUUGCACCACGUCCAUUUGACCGGCAACUGGGAGGAGGCUUUUGAAAAGUUUGAGUUCCUAACGGUCUGAUUCCUCUGCGCUCUUGUUUUUGUGCGCAGUCCGUUUUUCGCGACUGGAAAGGGCGGGACUUCUCCGCGCCCUCCUUAUCUCUCGACGUCUCUCUCAUGUCUAUGUGCUAUUUCCACAUUUCUCUGACCUCGCCGGUGAGGGAACAGAGAGACGCAGACACGCGAAAACUGUCGGACGGACUAUACUGUUAAAAUUUUUUGUGCCAGGCUCCCCCGGACUAGAGAGUGCGCUAAAGUGGCCACUAAAACCACCUCUAUAGUGGCCACUGUUUUCCGUUUUAGGGGCCCCUAUAGAGGUUUUCUAUUUAUUGGCCAAUUCAGUAGUUUUUCAUUCCUUCCAGUAACUCUGAUAAUUUUGAAACAAACUUAUUGGACCAGUUAUAUUGAACUAUGGACCCCUAAAGUGGCCACAAAAAUUUUUAGUGGUCAAGUAGUAGCGCUUAGACCUUUCUAGUGGCCACUAGUUUUCAACCCCUUAAGUGACCACUAAUUCAACUACUAUAGUGGCCUUCAAAACCCUAUAGUGGCCACUAAAACGUCCACUAAAAAAUUUUUCCCAGACCUCGCCGGUGAGAGAAAAGAGAUUGCAGACAAUUCAGACAAUUUCUAAUAUCUUCUUCAUUUUUUUUUUCCAAUUUGUCUCUUUAGGUACAUCCCAAUUCGCAACAAGAAAGAAUCAGCGGAAAAGAACCAGCAUGCUCGCUCCAAACACAUCAUGAUCCGAGAAUUCAACCAUCGUGUGCAGCAGAUCGUCGCCGAGAAGCUGGGCGAGGAGCCGAAAUGA